CAAAUCUCACACUUUUGGACCCCAUACCAAUUUGUUACCUGAUAGUUCAUCUUACCAGCUUAUACAGCUUCCUCCUAACAGCACUUGCAGCAUAUUACUUUGCUUUCGACUACCCAAGCUCGGAAAACUCGUGCAGAGCUCUUCAGUUUUGCUGUCGGUAUGACUACACCUCUGCCCCCAAACUCCAAAAAACGAAUCAUUGUCUGCUGCGACGGCACUUGGCAAAACUCGGACAAUGGCUACGUCCAACCGAACGCAAAACAGCCCGUCCCGACUCUCCAGAUCCCAUCCAAUGUAACGCGCAUUUCACGGUCAUUUGCCCGCACUUGUAGCGAUGGGACAUUUCAGGUCAUCUACUACCAGUCAGGGGUGGGCUCGAGAACCGGAACGGUCGACCGACUCACAGGGGGUGCUUUCGGGGUUGGAAUAUCCGAGAACAUCCGCGAAGCGUACUCCUACGUAUGUGCCAACUAUGUCGAUGGAGAUGACAUAAUCCUCAUUGGAUUCAGUCGGGGUGCUUUCACAGCCAGAUCGGUCGCAGGAAUGAUUGCAGACCUCGGCCUCUUGACUCGGGAGGGGAUGGAAUACUUCUAUCCCGUCUUCAAGGACAUGCAGCACUGGAUGAACGACAACUACCAAGACCAAUUUCCUGGCUUACCCUUCCCAGAUAAGCCAAAGGGUGUCCACGCUGAGGACAUUUACAGAGAAAAGCUUCUGCAGCACAAAUAUACCCGAGUUUACCAGAACCGUGGCCAAGGAGAGCUCAUCACAGUCAAGGCGGUCGGUAUAUGGUACAACACCAACUUAUCACAUAAAGUCGAGCAUGCGUUCCAUGCACUUGCGUUAGAUGAGUCGCGCGGACCUUUUACCCCUACCAUCUGGGAGCGCCUCCAAGAGCAUCGCGAAACCACGGAUCUUCGUCAAUGUUGGUUUCCUGGAAGCCAUAUCAACAUUGGAGGUGGCUGGGAAGACCAAGGCGUCUCGAACAUGUCCCUUGCUUGGAUGAUGGACCAAUUGUCCUCUGUAGAUGUCGAGUUCACGAAUGACGCACUCGACAGGCUGUUCGAUCAAAACGUCAAGUACUACGAGAAUCUCAAGCCGAAGGAUGAGAAGAUGAUCCGCCGUGCUCUGAGUAAAUCGAGACCCAUAUACUGGGCCAUCAAGAAGAUACACGAUGCGAAUAAUCCGAUUCGUCCUUGGUCCCUACACACUACCCAUUCGUCCGGCAACGCUAUUUAUAAGCUGGUAGGGGAUAUCACGCGCACCCCAGGCCUGUACAAGAAAAUCAACCCAAAUACAGGUCAGCCUACUAAGGCAUUCCUCGAGGACACGAAUGAGCGUAUUCACAGCAGUGUGCGCGUGCGUCUUGCGUGCCAGGGCCUCGGUGCAGACGAUAAAGAGGUGUGGAAAUGUCUCCCUCUGUUGGAAUUGUGGAGGCCACGCCAAGUUCCUGUGCAAUUUCAUGACCCUAUCCCGGAUCACGCUGUCUGGGGUCCUAAUGGAGUUAUAGAGGAGCCCGGACCCAGCACUGCGAACCCUCCUGGGCCGACCGCAGAUGGGCUGAGAUGGGUUUGGGAGUAUAUCGGUCCCGAGGAAGGAGCUCCGACGAUCAGAACCAUGGUUGAGGAGAACAUGGGGCCUUACGAAAAGCAUCUCUUAAAGUUGUCAACAGGCAAGGAGGAUGUGGUUGUCUUUGCUGAUGAAGAGGACUUCUCAAGCUUCGAUUUCCCUGAACGAGGUGGCUUCAAGUCCAAAAUAGGUUUGGCGUAA